AUGGGGCUGCAGGAGGAGGCCUGUGAAAGACCAGCAGAGACCAAUGCCCGUGUAGACAACUCGGCGCCCCCCUCGGUGGCCCAGCUGGCUGGGCGGUUUAGGGAGCAGGCAGCUGCAGCAAAGGAGACACCAGUCAGUAAACCAACAAGAAGGAAACCGCCCUGUUCCCUCCCUCUGUUCCCCCCCAAGGUAGAGAUGGGCCAGAAUGGAGAGGAGAAAUCACCACCCAAUGCGAACCACCCUCCAAAAAUCAAGGUGAAGAGCUCACCUCUGAUUGAGAAACUUCAGGCCAAUUUAACCUUUGAUCCCGCAGCUCUGCUGCCAGGGGCCUCACCUAAGAGUCCCGUACUCAAGGCCACGGUGUCGCCAUUUCACAGCCCACCUUCUACCCCCAGCAGCCCUGGAGUAUGGUCUCGGUCCAGCGAGGCAGAAGAGGUACCUGUCAGCUUCGACCAGCCGCCUGAAGGCAGUCAUCUGACCUGUUACAACAAGGUGCGGACGAGGGGCUCAAUAAAAAGGCGCCCUCCCUCCAGGCGAUUCCGAAGGUCUCAGUCAGACUGUGGGGACCUUGGAGAUUUCAGGGCCGAGGAGUCAUCUCAGGAGAAUGGUGACAAGGAAGAGAAUGGGGAUGAGGUGUUCCAGUCCAAGAGCAUGACCCCAGGGUCCCCUCCAUCCAGCGAGGGGGCAGUGGGAGAGGGUGUGAAGAGAAGCCUGGGGCCUGCUGAAAAGCCCCCUCUGAGGAGGACAUCCAGCAGGACAGAGAAGCAGGAGAAGGACAGAGCCACAGAGGAAGCCAAGCAAUGCGAGAAGGCUGGGCGGAACGCAGAAGAGGAGAACGGCCGGUGUCCGGCCCAGGAAGGGGCCCUGGAACCACGACAAACCUGCAGCCCAGAGGCUGAGAAUGGGUGCAGGAGCCCCGGGGAGGAAGAACCAGCUGGAGAGUCUGCAGAGGUGAAGGGGGAGAGCAUGAGAAAAGAAGAGGAUAGGCCCAGAGAUGAGAGCCAAGACACAAAGAAGCCGGAGGAGGGAGCUGUGCGGGAGACCCCCCUGAGUGCCCCUGGAGGGAUGGAGGGUGGCAACGUCCCUGAGCAGGAGAAAGGCAAGCAGAAGCAAGAGGAGGGGGCAGCUCCGGAGCCCAGCUGCAGCCCCGAGACCAGCCACACCCAGCUGGAGACUGGCAGUGAGGUCCCCAAGGCAGAGGUCUUCCCUGGAUCUAGUAGAGGCAGCAUCCACCAGUACAUCCUCAGACACUAG